AUGAGCGAUAAUACAGCACGGAAUUUAAGCAGCUCAGGUGGAGGUGGAACGGCAAGCGGUGGUGGUGGAAGUCAUCUGACACCGGGUGGAGCGGCUGGCGGUGGACUUGCCGGUGGGCUACAGCACGAGGGCAGCACGGAAGACAUUGAGCGGCAGCUGGAGGCACUCGAUCAGGAAAGCGAUUCGGAUUCUGAAUCGUUGGAGGAGCUGGAAGCGUGCGAAAACAUUGAAGUUGUGAAUCCGGAUCAAACGGCACCGGCAUUGGACGUUACGAUACGCUACACGAUCUGUCUAUUCUGUAAGAAGCCGUUCCAACUGAAGAAGGAACUGAAGAAGCAUCUGUUCGAGCACAUGAAGAAUCUGAAACCGAUGAAGGAGAAAAAGAUUGUGGAGAAAAAGUUCAAAUGUCACAAAUGCUUCAAAACGUACACGGAGAAGGCACGGGCCGAGAAGCACAUGACCAAGUGCAAGAAGGUGUCGAAACUGCUGCUGGACAUGAGCAAUGCGGGCGACGGUCGGAUAAUGGGUGGCAGCGAGUAUGAUGCGGCCGUCGCGGAAAGGAGUAACAAGAGUAGCAUGAAGAGUGGUGGCAAAUUUCGCGAGCCUACCUCACCGCGAUCGCUCGUGUUCGAUCCGGAUGCAGCGGCGGACAGCGACGAACGCUGGUCGUCGUCGGCCGAUGAGCGAAGAGAACGGAACCAGGUGGUACACUUCGACGAACGAACCACCAAAGGUGGCGGUGGUCCGGGAAGUUCGGAUGAAUCGCCUACCUCGCCCGGUACCGGUGGACACUUUCAGAAGUGUUCGUAG